GAUCGGGCCAGCCCUAAAAAAUCAUCAGAUUUGUUGAAUUCAAUCUAUCAUCCAUUUUACAAGUGAAAAUUAUUUAAAGUUAGACAUAUUAAACGCACGAAAGCAGGGCCGGGCACAAUGUCUGAGGACCAAGAGGAGCUAAUGUCUAAUGAUGAGACCUUCUCAUACUCUCCAGAGAUUGUGGAGACGUUCACCGAGCUAGAGACCGAACAAGCGCUGCUGUUUAUCAAAGACAAUAAUUUGCCGAUGUCAGAUCUACAUUAUGCUCUCAAAUAUAUACGCAUUUCGAAUCGCGCUGUCGAUCUGGAUGAUAAGUUCAAGGAAAUACAACAGCGUCUCAAGAAGCUGCGAGAACAGGAUAUGGUUGUCGUUACUCCACCGAAGUGCGGCAAUCUUAAUUUCAAUUUCUUCAACAAUCCAUAAAUGUGAUGAGCUUUAAUUAAUAGAAUUAACAAUAAUUUUGUGAUUUAUUGAAG